UUACUAAUCUAGAAUUUUCCUUACCUACUAGCAAUCUGAUUGGUCAAUUGCUCAAGAUCCAAAGACCCACGGGUACCGUUGUACCUACCUAGGUUUUUAACCUUGAGGUCCAAGCUCGGAUCGGGUUUUUCCGCCGGGGGUACAUUUUCGAACAGCCGAUUUAGAAUCUUUUAUCUUUUGAGUGUUUUUUUUCCAGUGCGAGAAACAACUUCCCCAUCGACGACGACCCUUGCGAACUCUCACCCCUUCCCUCCGCCACCCUCCAUUUAAUUCCCCGGUCAAUCGACACGACCUAGGCCUCUUAUUCGUACGUCUCAGAGUAGCCCGAAUACCCGAGUCUAGCAAUGUCGUCCGCUCUCGCACGUCCCCUGCUUCGGCAAACAGGAGCUUGGGGUCGCAUGGCAGCCCGAAGGUUCGAGUCGACCACUACCGCUAAGGCUUCCGAGGCGGCUAAGGAGACCGCUAAGGAGACCGCAUCGAAAGCCUCCUCGAAAGCUUCCCAGACUGCCGCUCAGUAUGCGGCAAAGGCGUCCGAAUAUACAGCGAAGGCAACCGAGUACUCGGCUAAGGCAGCGCAGGGUCUCUCGAGGGUCACCUCGACGGCUGGUCCGGCCAUUGCAGGCGCCGCCAAGGGGAUUGCGAACUCGCUGGGCAAAGUCGGUGGUCGCACCGGAAGACUAGUCGCAUUUUUUGAGAGAUCAGUACCUACGGUUGUCUACUACUCCAAGGUCGGCUCGGAACUCGCCAAGAUCGUCUUCAGAGGCCAAAAGAUGUCACCACCUUCUCUUACUACUGUCCAAAGCUACUGGCAGAACGUGUUGCAGUCCGUGAAGAACCCGAAUUCUCUGCUUCAGACGGCAUCCAAGAUUGCAGAUCAGCCCGCCACUAUCAUCCAGCAAGCGAGAAAUAUUAGCAGAGCUCAGCUCGUUACUACCGGCGUUCUGGUUGCGGAAUGCAUUGGCUUCUUCACCGUCGGCGAGAUGAUCGGCCGCUUCAAGAUAAUUGGGUACCACGGCGGCUCUCACGCCGAGCAUCACUAAGACAGCUUCUCGAGAGAAUGAUUAACUAAGAUACCUCUGUAUUACGCAUGGAUGGGGGGUGGGGGACGUUAUAGACGGGGUGGGUGUCGUUCUUGCAUUCGAGGAAACAUAGUGGGUAAUACGAAGGGACGAAGGGACGAAAGGUCCGAGGUCGGACUCUCUUACUAGACACUGAUAGAGGUGACUAUAUGCCCCUAACAGGAAGAUUAGGCCGUCUCUAUAGUCGGCUACGGCAUCGUGGAA